UGGUUACUAAUUUUAGACUUCGAUUGAUAACCUACAGCUUUUUAAUAGAACAUACAUGUUAAGUGUAUUGACUUAAAUACCGCAACCUUGAAACGUGGAACAAUUUUCAUGUAAAUAACACAAUUAAAAAAUAUGUUUUCUUCAGUAUUUAUGGAGAUAUGGGACAUUGACACGGGAUAAUUUCAUGCAAAGUGUAAUGACGGUUUUAGAUUUACACCGAUGAUGGAUUCUCAUCAAGAGCAACUGAAAAAGGCGCAAUAUAGGUUAUGGGUCAAAGCAGGACUAGCGUUGAAAUAUCUCAAAGAUGGAGUUGAGGAGUUUGUUGACAAUGAAGUUUUUUCCCAGCAUAGAUCAAUCAAAGCUGAAGUGCAGAAAGAAUUAGGAGGUAGUGAUGUCACUUGUAAUGAGUGUGAAAUUACUACAUUACUUCCUGCACAUACACGUGCCAAAUGUAUACAAGGAAAUCGAUGUUUCUGUCGUAAUCCAAACCGAAAGCCCUGUCCGAAGGAUGUCUGUGGUAGAAUUUUUGACAAGAUCGUUAUGCAGCAUAUGCAUGGCAGGCCGUCCUGGUUGAACACCGACGCUAAAAAAUGGUGCGAGAGUCAUUGGGAAAUAGCGAAAUGCUUCAUAGAUGGUGGGGGAUAUGCAGAUAAAAAGAAUGCCUCUGAAACUGACUGCAAGGGACUGCUAAGUAUUGUAACGAAUAACAUGUUUGUGCAAAAGAGUGUUGAUACCCCAAUUGACAAAAUAGAACCUAAAGCGGACGUUUUCUCAAAGUGCAAGGAGGCAAGAAACGAAAUACUUCAUCUGGCGUCUCUCCAUCUGUCAGAGGAACAGUUUAAAAGUUACAUCCGGGCAAUGAUACAGCUUCUGGGAGAUAAAGGGGAACUUAAAAACUACAAACCAGCAAAAGAGGCGAUAACUAAACUUAGACAGCUUGAACAGAAAAACCUUGUCAUAAGCACUGACGAUGAAUGGGAGAUUCGCGAGUCCGCAUUAAAGGCUAUUCAGGAAAAGAAGCAACAGGCGCUCGAUGAAAUAGAGGAAAGAGAGACACAGAGGGAAAACUUCGAAAAACUUCAAACUCAAGUUGCUCAAAUGCAAGAAACGCUCGAUGCUCUGUCUAAAAGUUCAGCAGAUUCGACAACUUCUUUGUCCAGCCACCAAGAAUCACUAGAAAAUAGACAAAAUAUGUUAGAUGAUACAAUAAAGCUGAUUCAACAGGUCCAAUUAAGCACACCUAAGGAAAUAUUAGAUUUGCAAAAGGAUGUGUCUGAUUUGAAAUCAAGACUUACUUCAUCAACUGACUUAGAAGACCUUCACAAGAAGAAACUUGCUUAUCUUAAACAAAAGACAGAACUUAGAAACGAGCUGUUUUGUUUGUAUUCCAAAUAUCUAUCAACGAUGACAGUGUCUCCUAUUUUGAAGAGACUCGAUGCUAGCGUAGAUGACUUCUACAUGGAGCUAGAAAUUUGUGACGAUAUUGUAUAUGAAAGACACGAGAAUAAAAGAUCUGGUGAUAUUAUAUAUAACUAUAGAGAUAUUUUCUUUAAAACCACAACAUUGACAAAAAAAGAAGACAGAGUGGAAAAUAUUUAUGUUUUAGGAGAUGCAGGAGCGGGGAAGUCUACAUGGUGUUUGAAGUUAAUAAAUAUGUGGCUGAAAGGUUUUGACGAGAAAAAGAAGUUCACCUCAAAUGAAAAAAUAAUGCUCGAAUUCGAUGUGGUCUUUUUUGUAGCAUUAAGGCAUGCUUCAAAAGAAAUAGAUCUUAUUGAAAUGAUUAGAAACCAGAUAUUUGAUCAAACCCCAGUAUUUUAUGACCAUAGCAUGACUGUUUUAAGUGAAGAGCCAGAAAAAUGUCUCGUUAUUGUUGAUGGUCUAGACGAAUGGAACCCUCCAGGCGUAAAAAUAUCAUCACCGUUUGGGAAGACUUCCAAACUACCAGGGCGCCGAAACCUAAAUCAUUGCACCGUCUUAACAACAUCCAGGCCAUGGAAGUUAAAUGAAGUGAAACCCGCUUACAAUAACGUUGAUAGAGCUGUUAUUAUAAGAGGAUUUGAACGUAGUAGCUCGAUUUCGGUUCUGGCGGGAAAGGUUAUUGACAAACUUGUUGAAAAAGAUAUAAAAUCGCAUAAAAGUUGCGAUGAAAAUAAAGGAGGUAAACAAGUAAACGACUUUGAAUCUGAAGUUAAGAAAUUAUUUAACAUGACAAACAGUAGUAAUGAUUACCCAGACCUUAUGAAAAUACCUCUUAUUUUGAUAUUUAUGGUACUAAGAUGGUUCAAAGAUGGAGCUUUGGAGAAAACUAUGACAGGGAACUAUUCGUCUUUGAUCGAAAAUAUUCUUGACCAUGAGGAAGGAUACAAAAGAUAUGGACAAAAUUUAGAUUACGACGGCAGACUGUCCAGAAUAACAGACAUAGAUCAAGCUAAGAAAGAAUGGUCUUCAAAAGUCGAUAUGCUUCCGGAAUGUUUAAAGGAACGUGCAAUGAUUAAACAGUACAGUGGCAUUUUACUAACACUUAGUAAAAUUGCGUUCGACGGAUUAUUUGACGGUCUAGGCAAUCAGCUUAUUUUUAAUGAAGAAGAAAUCCUUGAGCAACUUACUCCAUUGGAGCUUGAAGUAUCUGUGAAAUCAGGUAUUCUGUCAAAGACAAGCUUAGUUGGUGGCUCUUCGUAUGAAAAGUCAAAACUUUCAUUUUUGCACAAAACUGUACAAGAAUAUUUAGCGGCUGUUUUCAUGAUUGUAGAUAUGAAAAAUGGUACAUCUUUAGACAUAUUUAAACAAAUCUGCACGUAUGACAAAAUUCAUGAAAUGGAGAAUGUGAUAAUGUUUGUAUGUGGACUAGAUGCUGAUCUUGGAAGUACAUUGAUAAAUCACAUAUCGUAUGAAGAAAGAGGUUUUAUGCAAGUCAGUGAAAAAUUUGAUCAAUCACCAACACAUUUUUACUUUAAAUGCUACAAGGAACUUCAAAUGGAAUCAGGCAUCAAGUUACCUUUGAACUAUUUUGUUCUUGAGCAUUGGCACCACGCUAAAGAUUUCCUCGAAUUGUUAAAAGCAAGUGAUGACAAAAUAAGCUAUGGAAAAAUCGGUUUGUUCUAUGAAGCAGAAAUAAGACAACCAAAACUUCUUGAAUAUUUCCCUCCUAUAAAUUUGGCAACUUCAAAUCUGACAUCACUUGUACUAGAAACAAUAACAUUGGACUGUUCAGACUCGGUUAGAGUUUUCGAACUUUUGAAACUAAAAAAUCUUCACAUAAGCUGUCUAGACUGUAAAUGCCAGGUAACUGACGUUGAUAAAGAGAUACGUUGUUGUUUAAAUCUAGACUUCUCAAAUUGCAUUAAUAUUGAAAAAGUGGAGAUUUCCAAUGUUUCUUUGUGCAAAUUAAGUUUGUCUGGCAGAAGGUUGGUGAAAUUAGGUCUUGAAUACUUGAUGUUAUGCCACAUUGAAGUAUGUACCGGCAUUUUAGAAACAUCGGAAGAUAAUCAUAUAUUGACAAAUGAAAGCAAUCUUUACGAAGGAGGCGGAUAUAAUAAAUCUACUAAUAUUGACUGUGUUGACCAUACAAUUGAUUUAAUGUUAAUUCAGCACUGUGAAAAGUCAGAAAUUGUUCACGCGAACCAAAGUAGUGAUCUAGCAUGUCCGUCACUUAUGGUGUCACACUUAUAUCGUGAAGGAAACAAACAAUGCGAGGUAAAAAAAUUCAGGAUAAAUGCAGAAAAGGUUUUAAGGCGACAACAGACACAUUACGUGGUACUACCAUAAAUUACAUUAAAACCAACUUAUUCUAGUAAUAAUUGUUAUCUAUUAAAACUUUGUGAAUUAAAUGUCUUUGAUCAUCAUAAAAAAUAACAUAUUUGAAGAAAA